AUGUCCCAAAUUGCUGAUGAAGAAGACAAGAUAUCGCGAACGCUCUUCGAGGAGUUUAUAUGCGCCCUUGUCAGCGGCCUCGAACGAGAGAAGUUGGUCGUCCAAUGUGUUACUCGCUCGUCAUCUUAUCCCAUCCAGUCUCCCGAGCGAGCGGAACCCGGAAUUAGCCGGCGCGGGAAGGUUCCGCGGACAUGGAAGGGCGUCUUGGCACCAAACAGGCGCCAGAAAGCUUUGGCCAUCCGCAACCCCGCCGGCAAAAAACAACAAGCAGGAGGCGAUGACUAA